GCUGUUGGCUACUUUAGCAAACACUGCUCUUAAAUCCCACAUCCAAACCAAAGUUUCACUCUUUGUUUGAAAAAGUUUGAGCAAAUAAACUGACAAGUACCUAGAACCACAAAAUGGGAAGUGGAAUUAGCUCAGAAAGCAAGGAGUCAGCCAAAAGGUCAAAAGAACUGGAGAGGAAGCUUCAGGAAGAUGCUGAGCGAGAUGCAAGAACUGUGAAGUUGCUGCUUUUGGGAGCAGGUGAAUCUGGAAAAAGUACUAUUGUUAAACAAAUGAAGAUCAUCCAUAAGAAUGGCUAUAGUAAGCAAGAAUGCAUGGAGUUCAAAGCAGUGAUUUAUAGUAACACCUUGCAGUCCAUCCUAGCCAUUGUGAAAGCCAUGACUACCCUGGGGAUUGAUUAUGGGAAUCCCAGAAGUCCAGAAGACCAACAACAACUCUGUACCAUGGCAAAUGCACUAGAAGACGGGGACAUGACCCCUCAGCUGGCAGAGGUCAUAAAACGGCUAUGGGCAGAUCCAGGAAUCCAAGCCUGCUUUGAGAGAGCCUCUGAAUACCAACUCAAUGACUCAGCAGCUUACUAUCUUAAUGAUUUAGACAGAAUAACAGCUCCUGAGUAUGUGCCAAAUGAGCAAGAUGUUCUCCAUUCCCGAGUGAAAACGACUGGAAUCAUUGAAACUCAAUUCUCCUUUAAAGACUUGAACUUCAGAAUGUUUGAUGUCGGUGGACAGAGAUCAGAGAGAAAGAAAUGGAUUCACUGCUUUGAAGGAGUGACAUGCAUUAUAUUUUGUGCAGCACUCAGUGCCUAUGAUAUGGUCCUAGUUGAAGAUGAAGAAGUGAACAGAAUGCAUGAAAGUCUCCACCUGUUCAAUAGCAUAUGUAAUCACAAGUAUUUUGCAACCACGUCCAUUGUCCUGUUUCUUAAUAAAAAAGAUCUCUUUCAAGAAAAAGUUGCCAAGGUGCAUCUCAGCAUCUGCUUUCCAGAAUAUACUGGGCCAAAUACAUUUGAAGAUGCAGGGAACUACAUAAAAAACCAGUUUCUAGACCUGAAUUUAAAAAAAGAAGAUAAGGAAAUUUAUUCCCACAUGACCUGUGCUACUGACACCCAAAAUGUCAAGUUUGUGUUUGACGCUGUUACAGAUAUAAUAAUCAAAGAGAAUCUGAAGGACUGUGGGCUAUUCUAGUCAGUCCUUUUCUUUUCCACUAUUGCUCGUGU